UCUCCCGAGAUUAAAUUUCCGUGCAUACUUCCUCACUUCCAGUGAAACGCUGUUCCCGGCCUCUGGAAACGAAACCCUAAUUUCUGUGAAAUGCAGAAAUUGUAGUUCCUACAGGCUACAUCUGAUUUUCUGCCUUAAUACGGCCGAUUGCAUGUAGAUGUAGGUCUUUGGCUGGCAAGACUCCUUCAAUUGUGUGAUCGAGAGCAGGUGAAGUCUAGUUUGUUGAUUCCUUUCUUGCUCUAUUUUUCUUGGUUUCUAAUCGCUUCCAGUUUCCCACUUUGGCGUAGAUUGAGUUAAUCUGUCGUAGCAGCCUCCAUUGGAAAGCUAUGAACAACCACUGUAGUAGCAGCCCCGAGCUGGGGAAAGAUGGAAAAAGGCGCCGUGAAGGAGAAGGUGGAGAUGCUACAGCUGACAGGUUUGUGGAGAAUGUUUUGUCCCUCCGCCACCCCUUUAGUGUCCGGUCGGUGAGCUAUGCUGUGUAUGAACACGAGGAGGAGGAGGGCGAGGAUGAGGAGGAAAAGAAAUUCGCUCAGUUUGUCAAGGUCAUCAAGUAUGCCUUAUCCCAUGACACUCAACAGUUGGCGUUUAAGCUGUCCUAUGUUGUGGAGGCCGAAUACGGUUACAGAUUCUCUGAUUUGUUUGGCACAAUCUUGAAUUGCAGCCUCAAGAGCCUAGAAUUAGGGCAUGUCUACAUCGAUAGUGGAUUUGGAUCUUCUGGUUUCCAGAUGCUGACAACUCUAGAAUUGGUACUGUGCCUACUGGCUUCUGAUCAGGAUGGGGAAUUCGAUCCUUUUUCUAACUUUCCAUGUCUAAAGAAUUUGGUCAUGAGUCAUUGCCGCCAUUUGGACAUUGACAUGCACGGGAAUGAAAGGCGCCUCAAGAUAUGUGGACCCCAAUUGCUUAGUCUGGAAUUGGAGUUAGUCUCGUCUUCAAACAUGGAAAUAUUUGCACCGAGGCUCAGAUUCUUCCGUCUUGAGCAUGACUUGGAAUCUCUGAAUUUCUCCAAGUUAACCCUUCCUUCCCUUGAUGAUGCUGUUAUUAUGAUCAAUGACGAGGUCGAGUUCAUGGAGGGUAAUGAGGGAAGCGUGAGGCAAGGUGUUGUCUCUUUGUUCCAAGAUUUAAGUAAUGUAACCACUCUCCAGCUGGAUUCUGUUACCAUCGAGGAUUUGAGUAGUACUUUUGAGUUUCUGGAACAACAGGCCUCUCCAUUCACAAAAUUGAAGACCUUGAUGGUGAAGGGUGACACCGUCCCUUACAUGCUGCUUAAUUACUUUCUUAAAGGGUCUUCUAGUACUGAAACAGCUAUUGAGUUUGUAUAACGUAGUGUUUAACCUUCUCGCCCCAGUUUCUGAUUUGCGGUACGCAGUAGUUUAGUGGUUUCUUUGUUUUGAUGUUAAUUAGGAACAGGUCUUAAACUUGUGCAAGUAAUUCAAGCAACCUACUUGCUUUUUUCUCUUGAUGGCAUUCUUCAACUUCAGAUAUCUUGAGUUGCUUUUCGUGCUGAAUUUUCACAGUGAUUGCUUCGAACAGUAUUCUAGUUUCCAAGAGUACGUGGUAUAGUACUGUGACAAUGAGAUUUCGAAGGAACGAGAUGGUGAUCUGUUUGGCAAGGCCACCCAUUAUACGCUGAGCCAUGAUACUCAACAAUUAGAGAUCGAUAUGUUCAAUCAUAUGCUAGCUAGCAUCCAACCCAGUUGCAUCUUCUCCUUUCUGUUUGAUGUGGUCUCGAAUUGCAGGCUCAAGAACUUAUCACUCGAAAGUGUCAUCACAAACUGGCUUGGGGCGGGUGAUCAAGGAUGAGAAUGAGAGAUUUGUGAGAAGGGAGACUGGAGAUGGGAGCUUGUGAAUCCAUAGAAGCCGAAGCCAGAGCCAUGCUCACGGGAGUCCAAAAAGCUUCAAAGCUCAGCUUGCGGCAAUUAACUGUGCAAACGGACUGUUUAUCUCUUGUUGCAAAGCUGAAGGGUAAAGAUAAAAGUGGGGUGAGAAC